AUGCCCAUCUUCACUGACGUUAUCACCGGUGAUGAGUUGUUCUCCGACGCAUUCCCCGUAAAAGAACACCGCUCGAUUGCUUAUGAAGUCGACUGUGAGAUGAUGGACCAAGAAGGGAUUGAUGUAGAUGCAGACCUGAACGGAGAAGGGGACUCUUCCCCCGAAGAGGACACCAAAGUAAGGGUCAACAACGUUGUUCAGGCCUUCCGUCUUCAACCCACCGUCUUCGACAAGAAGGUGAGAAAUUGUCUGAUGAUUUCACGGUCAUACUUCUCGUGCCUCAAGAGUUAUCUCACCCUUCUCAAAGCCCAUGUCGAGUCUACCAGCCCUGAGCGAGUUCCUACAUUCGAGAAGGAUUUUAAGGAGCUUGUCAAAACGAUUUCUGCCUACUUCAAGGACUUCGAAUUCUUCGUUCGAGAAAGCGACGACCCUGACGGAAUGGUUGCCUUGCUGUCAUCCACUCAUGAUCCGUACAAUGACUACCGCGCGAACGGUGUUACCCCCUUUUUCACUUUUUGGAGGGAUGAUCUCGCGCAAGUCAACAACUAA